CCCGGCGGGCUGGCCUUGCUGACGUCAGAGCGCAGCGCCGCCGCCGCCGCUUCCCGCCCGCCCGGCGCCGCCAUGUUGAAGGUAAUUCGGCUGGGGGCCACCCCUGUUAGCCUGAGCUUGCUCUCUAUCCAGGUUUAUGCAUCCUCAUCAGAGAAGGAGACUUCCAAAAAGGAGUUGCUGAAAAUUGAGGAACUGUCGCUCUACUCCUCUCCAGUUCGUGAGACUAAGUAUGUGGAGGAUCCACAAAGUCAAUUGGAAGAAGGGGUUUCACAUUUACGGCAUGUUAUGGAGCCAUACACAGCCUGGUGUCAGGAUCUUUAUGCCAAAGCUAUGCCCAAAUUAGAAAAAGCUGUUGAGCAUGGUAGAGAGGGCUUUGAAUUUCUCCAAAACCCCCCUGCUGGGUUUUAUCCAAGGCUUGGUGUGAUAGGUUUUGCAGGAAUUGUUGGAUUGUUUCUUGCUCGAGGCUCGAAAAUAAAGAAGUUAGUGUAUCCUGCAGGUCUCAUGGGUAUUGGUGCCUCCAUGUAUUACCCUCAGCAAGCGGUUGCUUUUGCAAAGGUUGCUGGUACGCAGGUGUAUGACUGGAGUCUUCAGGGAUAUAUUGCUGUAGAAUCUCUUUGGAAGGAUAAUCCUAAGAAGAAAUCUGGGAAAAAAGGUGAUAAGGGUGAUGCAGAUGGUGACAAGCCCCUGGAAGUCCACGCGGCUUCAAAAGAAGAGCGUGCCCAGAAGUAGAACACCCCAUCACUCGGCAUCAGACAGGUGAACCAAAAAAAUAUAGAUAAGAGCAACAAUUUUACAAGAAAAAGAGGAAAACCAUCUAAAUAAAUCCAUUUUGAUUUUGAAUGUGAUUGAUCUGCCUUCUGCCUCAGGAAAGACUGACGGUGUGCUGCUUGGGCUUCUGGUAUGGAAUCUGUGAAAGGACACUACGUAUCUUGGGUCAGUCUUGAAACCUUGUCCUCGAUUCUGCGGUGGGACUCGAGUCAGCCCGUGCUUGUCCUAUUGCAGGAUCAGCAUUGCAAGUAGCAAGUCUCAAAAUUCCUCAGUCUCUUGUUAAUAUUUAUAUAUAAAAUAUAUAAAAUAAAAUUCCGGUUAAACAAAACGGUCUUGUUUUUUUCCCCCUCUUUUAUUAUCUUUAAACUCAUGCAUGUGACAUUUGUACAGCCUGUGGAAGGUUCUCGAGAUGCUGUUGACAAUGCCUGUAUUUUUUAACAGUGAGGAAAAGCUUAAAGUAGCAUGAUGUUUUGGCUAACAUUAGCUAAUAGAAUUACGAUUGAGAGCAAUUACAAUGACUCUUGUGUUUUGUCUGAGUCUCCCCCUCCUUUCUAUAGAAAUCUUCUGCCUCAUCAGCGCCAGCAGGAGGUAUAUAAUGAAGCAUCUGUGAGUUCCUGUCUAGUAGAUGGAUGGGAAUGGAGCUGUUGAUGUUUGUUCUUGUUUUUGCUUGAAUGCACAGCUCAAUGGGAACCAGAACGUUAGGGUGGUGGGAACCAGCUAUAGAAUAACGUGGCUGUUUCCUUAUUCCCAGCCAGGGGAGGGGAGGAGAAAGUGAAGCGAAGGGAAAUACAAAAGGAUUUCCAGCAUUUUGAAAUCUUUGCACAAUAAAACCCUUUCAUCAUUU